AUGGAAGAUUCGUCUUUGAGUUUGUAUCUCGAGUUCGCCAAACGCAAUCUUGCUAUCGUAGCAAUAAUCACUGACGUUCUCCGAGAAGAAAAGAGAAACUCAGUAGCUGAUUUCAGUGAUUUGACCAGAAAUUUUCCAAAAGUAAGAUCAAGACACUUUGUUGGACGAACAGUUUAUGUUCAUCUCGCUACAACAAACACCACCGACCAGCUGCGAAAGUCUCAAGGUAUAUUUUUUAAUAGUUGAGAUCACAGCGAUUUACUGAAGUUUUUGGCUUAACGGUUCAAACAAUUCUUCUUACGGAAUCAAAAUUUUAAGUCUUAUGUCAAUUUUUAAGGAAAUCUUUACGUAUUACCACGUACAGAAUGUAAUCAAAUAAGCUCUCUGUGAAAUAAAUCACAGAAAAAGAAAAUAGUACUACAAAUUAGUGGUGACUAGAUUUCCUAGGCGCACACACGCUACACCAUCGGUUACUAUCGCCGGUUUUUCAAAUAUAAUCAGUACAUAAACUGCAUAAAGCACGAUUUGAUCACCGGAGGGACGAUGUGAAACUUGAAUGUCUAAUUUCUUAGGCCCUAUGUUAUUUUAUGUCUUGCAAACACUUCUUCUCGUGCUAUAACCGAGAGACCAUCCGAAAAAUAAAUAUAGUCGCCCGAUUAACCCUCUCACUGCCAGAGUGUUUGAUGGAGUUUUUUAAGGUGACUCUAACUUUUGAGUCCAUGGACGAAAUCCUAUGAUGUGACCAUUCAAAUGAAAGCUCUUUGCCUAUAUUUUCACAUGAUGCUAUUUGUUUGUCAAAAUUUUAGAAAAUGAAAUUUGCAAAUUUGGUCGAAAUUUGCCUUUGGCCACAUUUGGCAGUGAAAGGGUUAGAGAAGGGCUUUGUCCGGGAAUUUAGCAAAGACGAACGGCAUUGAUUCCUUAUCGUUUGAUAUAACCUGUAAUCAGGUGUCCUUCUUCCCUUUCUGUUUGGGAGACGAGGAAAAAAACGCCUGUUUGCAGGUUACGUUUGAUACAGACAAGCCACACAGUCUUAAGGCAAACUGCCCAUUUGCUUUUAAUUUUCAACUCUAUUUCCAGUAGAUAAAUAAUUUUCCAAACCAUUUUAACUUGAACGUACUGAGUCAGUUUAUCAGCUUUUCCGUUUUCAAAAGGCUUUACAUUCAACUUUCUUUAAUUCUACGACCUUUUUAAAAACAGGAGAUUUUAAGUUUUGUAAGUUUUGUUAGUUUACAUUGUGAACGAACUACGGAAACAGAUGGUUUCUGAUGUAUAUUAACACACUUGGAAUUUGAUUUGUGAGCCACAAAAUAUAACUAUAAUAAAUGUUUUAGGACUGUACGUUAUAAAGAGAUUGAAAGAGCAGGAGAUGGGAAUGCUUUCUCUGCCGUCUAUUCCCCUACUUUGGUUCUCUUCUCUCCGCUCUGUCUUUGGAAUGCGUUUGAGGAUCAGGCUUAUCAGGCUUUUUUGUGUCAUCUAAAGGAAAGGACGAGAAGCUCGCAUCUUUUCCUUCUUCCCAUUAGCUUUGUUAUAACCGACAAGUUCUACUAGUCGAAGUACUAACUCUCGAUUAAAGACGCUUUGGCCAUCUUUACUUCGGUUGUACUAGCCCCCGGGCGGGGAAUUGGCGGGGGGGGGGGAAGGGGAGGGUACGCCCCUUAAUGUCCUUUAUGGGGAGGCUCCAGCCGGGAACCUUUUUCAGGUUUCAGGCAUGUAAAAGAGAAAAGGGUAAGCAGUUGUAUCCCUGCACAGAGCCACUCAAUAUAACCUCUCGUGCGCAGUUCUCACACGUAAGACAGAGUGAGAUCUGGGUACGAGAUUACCGAAUACAAAAUUUUCUUGAGUAGCUACCACCUAACCUCGAUUUUGUUUUCCUGUGUUAAACAUUGAGCUUAAUAAGAUCUGUUGUAUUUUGCAGCUAUCAUGGUGGUAGAUAAUUCUAGCAUGCUCGUAGUGAUGGCCGUAGCGGGCACGAUAGUUACCAGGCUCGCGCAGUCCACUCCUUCAGACGUAACGCAGUUCCUGGUCGAGGUGACACUGGUGUCGAACCUGCUUUGUACUUUCGUAACUCUCUUCGCUGUGAUUUACAUCAGGAUCGUGUAUCCACAUAUGAUGUACGAAAAACCUGCUCGAACUUUUCACAGCCAUCGUUAUAAGAUCGUCCCGUAUAUCAAUGGCAACAAAGCAAUCAAAGAAUCAAAUAUGCGUUUUGACUGA